AUGCCUCCUCCGAGCUGUCCAGCUUCUCAACAAACUUCCCCAGGUUAUCAGGCGAUGCUCCCACCUCAUCUCCGUGAACCGCAUCCCCAAGUACCUCUUGACCCAAACCCCAUCUAUUUCCCUGUACAAACCUAUCCCGCAGCUGAAACCCCCGCUGCUGCAGAAAACCCAGGCGACAUCAGAAACUUCAUCUAUAGUGACUAUAUCAAAGAUGAGAUCCGUGACUUUGUCCGCCGCAAGAUGAUUGAGUCCCGGAUCAUUGCUUAUAGUCACCACGUUAAUGCCAAUGGCGUCGCCGAACCGCGAUUCCUGUUGAAUAUGACUCAGGCACACAUUGUGAACCUUCCACGUGCCAUCAGAGAGCAACAUCUUCCCCCUGGAUUUGUUGGCGGAAAUAAUCACGCUCAAAGAAGUGUCCUUCAGUUGGUUCGCGGUCUUCUGAAGCAUGAUCGUGUAUUCCUUUGCAAUUUGUUACUCAAGAACAUUGUAGACACAAGUCACUCCAAGGUCCGCGCUGGUGGUGUCCCUAGUCUCAAGGCCUUGUAUACUUUGAUACACAAUAGCUUACUCAAAAAUGCUGGUGUGCAUGCUCCCAGAAUUAACUGGGCCAUGUUGCCGAUGCGCAUCAAGGUCCGAUUUGCUUACUUACGAUUGGAGACUGCAGCGCACACUGCCAAGCGUGUUACGGGACAUGGAUCACAAUGGACCCCCAUCAAUGACCAGUUAGCUCUACUCAGUAUCAAACCUGUGAACUAUGUCCGCAAAUGGGCUGAGAUGAUACUUGAACUAGAUGAAAGAGUAUUUGGCCAAGGUGGCAUUGUUUUUGCUAGUUUUUGUCACUUGGUGAGGCUUCCGACUGAUCAUGAAGUUGAAUAA